CCGAUCGCGCACGCGCAGUUACUCCCGGACCCGGAAGCGGCUAGUGCAGAGGGGAGGGAACACAGGCGUCUGAGACCUUUGGUCUUUCUCCGUAAACCUCCGCAUCUCAGCCCACAGUCCUGCGCGUGUGAAGCCGAGGAGACCUUGAAACCCCAAACCCGCCUCCCAUCAGCGGGCCGGGGAGUGUGACAUUUUUCAUCAUUCCAAGUCCCUCUGCCUGUGAGUGUGGUGGAAGCACGGCGUAGCCUCAAAAUGCAGGUGUGAUGGGUCCACAUAAAGUCGCCUGAGAAAACAACCCAGAACCGGAGGAGGAAGAGGACAAUAUGGCCGCUUCUCAGGGACAGCUGACCUUCAGUGAUGUGGCCAUAGAAUUCUCUCAAGAGGAGUGGGCGUGCCUGGACCCAGCUCAGCGGAAACUGUACAUGGAUGUGAUGUUGCAGAACUACAAGAACCUGGUAUUCCUGGGUGUGUCUAAGCCAGACCUACUCACCUUUUUGGAGCACAUGAAGGAGCCCUGGCAGUUGAAGAGAAAAAAGACAAUACCCAUUCAUCCAGCUAUAUCUUCUCAAGUCACCCAGGGUUUGUUGCCAAAGUCAAGUGGAGAAGUAUCAUUCCAGAAAAUGUUACAGAGUACAUAUAAUGAAGAGAGAAGUCACCAGUGCAAUGAAUCUUGGGAAAACUUUAACCAAGGGUCAAAUUCUAAUAACUAUCAAAGAGCUCAGCUUUCACAGAACAAGUAUAAAUGUCCUAAAGUCUUUGAAAAACACUCAAAUGUUUUUAUACCUCAGAGUAUUCAUGCUGUAGAGAAGGCAAAAAGAUUUAGUGAAUGUGCCAAGUCUGUCAACCAAUCAUCAAAUAUUACUGAACAUAAAAAUACUCAUAUUGAGGAGGAGUCUUUUCCAUGUAAUCACUACAUGAAAGUGUUUAGUCAGUCCUCUAAGUUAAAUAUACAUAAGGAAAUCCAUAUUGCAGAGAAGCCUUACAAAUGCAAAGAAUGUGAUAAAGCCUUUAGGUGGCAGGCAAAUGUUAUUUUACAUCAGAGAAUUCAUACUGGAGAGAAACCUUAUAAAUGUAGAGAAUGUGGCAAAGCUUUUAUCCAGAGCUCACAUCUUACUCGGCAUCAGAUCAUUCAUUCUGGAGAGAAGCCUUAUAAAUGCAGAGAAUGUGGCAAAACGUUUAUCCAGAGCUCACAUCUUACUCGACAUCAGAUAAUUCAUUCUGGAGAGAAGCCUUAUAAAUGUACUGAAUGUGGCAAAGCUUUUAGCCACUGUUCAAACCUUAGCCAUCAUCAGAGAAUUCAUACUGGACUAAAGCCUUAUAAAUGUAGAGAAUGUGGCAAAACCUUUAUCCGGAGCUCAAAUCUUACUCAACAUCAGAGGAUUCAUUCUGGAGAAAAGCCCUAUACAUGCAGAGAAUGCGGCAAAGCCUUUACCCAGGGCUCACAACUUGCUAAACAUCAGAAAAUUCACUCUGGAGAGAAGCCCUAUAAAUGUGGAGAAUGUGGCAAAGCCUUUACCCGGGGCUCACAUCUUACUCAACAUCAGAAUAUUCAUUCUGGAGAAAAGCCAUAUAAAUGUGGAGAAUGUGGCAAAGCCUUUAGCUGGUAUUCAGCCUUUUCCAAACAUCAGAGAAUUCAUACUGGAGAGAAGCCUUAUGAAUGUAGAGAAUGUGGCAAAACCUUUAUCCGUAGCUCAAAUCUCAUUCAACAUCAGAGAAUUCAUUCUGGAGAGAAGCCUUAUACAUGUAGAGAAUGUGGCAAAGCCUUUAUCGAGGGCUCACACCUGAUUCGACAUCAGAGUAUUCAUACUGGAGAUAAGCCUUAUAGAUGUAGAGAAUGUGGCAAAGCCUUUAACUGGUAUUCAAGCCUUACUCGACAUCAGAAAAUUCAUACUGGGGAGAAACCUUAUGAAUGUAGAGAAUGUGGCAAAGCCUUUAACCGGUGUUCAGACCUUACCACUCAUCAGAGACUUCAUACUGGAGAGAAGCCUUAUAAAUGUGGAGAAUGUGACAAAGCCUUUAUCCGGAGUUCAAGCCUUACCCUUCAUCAGAGAAUUCAUACUGGAGAGAAGCCUUAUAAAUGUAGAGAAUGUGGCAAAGCCUUUACCCGGUGCUCAAAACUUACUGAACAUCAGAGAAUUCAUUCUGUAGGGAGGCCUUAUAAGUGUGGAGAAUGUGGCAGAACUUUUAAUGAUUAUUCAAGCCUUUUGAAACAUGAGAGAAACCAUGCUAGGGAUAAGGCUUAUAAAUGUGAAGAAUGUGGCAAAUCCUUUAACUGGUAUUCAAGCCUGACUCGACAUCAGAGAACUCAUACGGGCGAGAAGCCUUAUAAAUGUAGAGAAUGUGACAAAGCUUUUUACCGGUGUUCAGACCUAACCAAUCAUUAUAGAAUUCAUACUGGAGAGAAGCCUUAUAAAUGUGGAGAAUGUGGCAAAGCCUUUAACUGGUAUUCAAGCUUUACUCAACAUCAGAGAAUUCAUCUGGAAAGAAGUUUUAUAAAUGUAGAAAAUAUGUCAAGGCCUUUACCCAGUGCUCAGAACUUACUUAACUUCAGAGAAUUCACACUGGAGGAAGACCUUAUAAAUGUAGAGAAUGUAGCAAACCCUUUAAACACUGUUCAAAUCUUACCAGAUAUCAGGGGUCUCUUACUAGAGAGAAACCUUAUAAAUGAUGAGAAUGUGGCAGAUCCUUUAUCCUCUGCUUUAACCUUACCAAACAUCUGAGAACGCAUACCUGAGAAAAACUUUACAAAUGUAAAGGGUGUGACAAAGCCUUUAACCUCUGCUAUAGCUUUACUCAGUAUUGGGGAAUCCAAAACUGGAUAGAAGCAAUGCAAAUGUAAAUAUUUUGGAAAAACCUUUAGCUAUUGCCCAAAUCUCACUAAGUAUAUAGAUUCACACCAGAGGGAAGUGUAAAGAAUGUGGAAAAGCCUUUCCCCUAGUGUUGGAACCUUAGUCCAUAUCACAUAACUUAUGCUAGACUGAAGCAAUACAAAUAUAAAGAAUGUGGCAAAAUCUUUAACCAUUAAACCUCACUAAACUUGAGAGUUCAUAGUAGAGAGAAAUAAUGCAAACGUUAAAAAUGCAGCAAUGCCUGUAUUUACCAUUUAUAUCUUAAUUAAUAAAUGAGAAUUUAUCCUGGAGAGAAACUUAAAAAUUUGAAAAAUAUGGCAAACCCCUUUAAAGGACCUACAACCUUUCUCAAUAUCAGAGAAUGCAUACUGAAGAUAAAUUCUAUAUUUGUUAUAAAUGAAGAAAGAUUUUUAUCCAAAAUAUACACUUCAGAAAACCCCACAAAGCUGUAGCCAGUUUGUCUCAGUGGAUAGAGCAUCAGCCUAUGGACUGAAGGAUCUUAGGUUCAAUUCCAGCCAAGGGCACACGCCUGGGUUGUGGCCUCAAUCCCCAGUAGGAGGCAGC